UCAGCCUGUGUUAUUGUCUGUCAAGAAAGCAACAUGGAAUCUCUUCAGUUGAGAAGCGCAGAUCUUCAGCAAAAACGAAAUGCAGCGGCCCACAAUACCAGUGACUUCAUCACGGAAACCCUCAUUGUGAGAAGAGCUCAGACCUUUGCAAUUGAACUGGAUUUCAGUCGAGCGUUAGCAGAUGGAGACCGUCUGGACUUAAUUGUGGAGACAGGUCCCUAUCCAACAAAAGAUAACAACACAAAAGCAGUGAUGCAAGUCUCCAGCUCUGGAACAACAACAGCAUGGAGUGCAACCCGUGGAUCAACCAGUGGUGGAACACUGCAAGUUAUCAUCAAUAUUCCAGUCAAUGCUGUUAUUGGACGUUACCAAAUGACUGCACAGCUGACAGCAGGCAGCACCAGUUCUUUUCCUGUAGGAAACUUCAUUGUUCUGUUUAACCCUUGGGCAUCAGGUGAUGAGGUGUACAUGGAAAAUGAUGCACACAGGAGAGAAUAUGUCCUAAAUGAAACUGGGUUUAUAUUCCUUUCUUCUGGGAGAAUGACAUGGGAUUAUGGACAGUUUGAGGAGGGUAUUGUGGACAUUUGCCUUCUAUUGCUGGACAGAAGUACAGAAUACAGAAGAGACCCAGUUACAGCUUUAUCCAAAAGAUGGGACCCUAUUUAUGUGGGAAGAGUUUUAAGCGCUAUGGUCAAUAGUAAUGAUGACAAUGGUGUUGUAGUGGGAAACUGGACUGGAGAUUUCACAGGAGGAGAAACCCCUACCUCUUGGGGUGGAAGUGGCACAAUUCUGCGUAGAUGGAGUCAAAGUGGACCUGUCAAAUAUGGACAGUGCUGGGUGUUUGCUGGAGUACUCUGUACAGUACUGAGGUGCCUGGGGUUACCUGCCCGUGUGAUUACAAACAUUGAGUCGGCUCAUGACACAAACAGGAACCUGGUAAUAGAAGAGUAUUAUGAUGAAGAUGGAAUCAGCAUCAAAUCCCCUGAUAGUGUAUGGAACUUCCAUGCUUGGGAUGAAGUAUGGUUUGCUAGAAGAGAUCUUGGGUCAACCUAUGAUGGAUGGCAGAUUCUAGAUUCAACCCCACAAGAACUAAGUGGAGGCAGCUAUUGCCUUGGACCUACUUCACAAAGAGCUGUCAAACUGGGAGAUGUCAACCUGAACUUUGAUGGUGCAUUUUUAUUUUCGGAAGUAAAUGCUGAUAAAAAAAAAUAUAUCAAGUACAAAGAUGGAAGGACUGUACUUGUUCACACUGAUACUACAUCUGUGGGCCAAACCAUCAGCACCAAGACUGUGGGUUCUACUUCCCGUGAAGAUGUAACAAAUGAUUACAAAUAUCCAGAAGGUUCUAGUGAGGAAAGAGACGUAUAUUUUAAAGCACAGAGACAGUUAGCGGAAUCAAGCACUGGAAUAAUAGCUUUAAGUGCGGCAUCAUCAGUGAAAACGGCAGCCCGUGCUCCAAAAUGUGCAAUCAGUUGCACUUUCGAGCUGAUCGCACAGCCGCAAUUUGGCGAAGAUAUCACCAUCAUACUGAAUUUGAAAAAUGGCUCCUCUGGCAACAGAAAUGUCAAGCUGAAUUGGACUGCUACUUCAAUUGUCUAUAACAGAACUCCGUUCAAAGAAAUACUGAAGAAUUCUCAGGCUGUCUACUUGGCUGGCAAUGAAGAAAAGGCUAUAUCUCUGAAAAUACUGUAUACACAGUAUAAAGAUACCAUAACUACUGACAACAUGAUCCGAAUUGUGGCUGUGUGUCAUGAGGAAAAUGGAGGAUGUUUUUUGGUUGAUAAGACUAUCAAUUUGAAACGACCACCUCUUGAAUUGAAGGCCUCAGAACAAGCAACAUUAAACAAAAAAGUCACUGUAGAUGUUGUCCUCAACAAUCCACUCCCAGAAGGUGUUACAAACUGUUUUAUGGUCAUUGAGGGCAGUGGCCUUAUAAAGCAUCAACGUAAGAUCUUAUUACCAGACUUAAAAGCCCAUGAAAAAAUAAGAACCCAAGUUGAGUUGAUUCCAUAUCGAACUGGUCCAAGAAGAAUCAUAGUUAACUGCUCCUCUGACAAAUUUACUGGUGUAAAGGCAUGCCUGCCAAUCAAUGUGGUUACUGCCUAGCAAUAUCCACCUUGGUCAGGACCAAAUACCAUUCAGUUCUUUCUACCACUUUAUAAAGCAAUAGUUGACUAUAUAGACUAGUAGAGCUAGGCUCCUAAAUGUAAGUAGCGUUCAAGCAUUAGUUUCUCAUAGUAUCUCAUUUACAUAGUAUCCCAUUAACAUACACCUAAGUGCAGAUACUGUAUAUUACAUUUGAACAUGAAUUUUUAUAAAUUUGCUGAUUUUAAUUUGAGUUUCCGGAGUCUCGAAUAUACGAGAUUCUGGAAACUCUUAAGUGCAAAGCACUUAGAUUAAAAAAAAUCAAUGAGAUUUUUGAUUCAAAAUUUAGCAGGCUCGUUGCAAAUAAAGGGGUGAAUGGGACUUCACUGCAUUUGAGUUGUUUCUUCACUUUUUUUCAUUAAAAAAAUUAUUUUGAAAACCUGAAUUUUGAAAAAAAUCUGCUUAUAAGAAACUCACUAACUGCUUGGGCCUCAAUGAAGAAUAUGCCUUGCGAAAUAACAUUGAAAUGCAGGAGAUAGGGAAGCGAUUUGCUGAAUCACUUUACAGUUUAAUUACAGUCUAAAUUUUUCGAUGUAAAGGUGUGCCUGCCUAUAAAUGUGGUUACUGCCUAGCAAUAUCCACCUUGGUAAGGACCAAAAACCAUUCAGUUCUUCCUACUACUAUAUAAAACAAUAGUUGACUAUAUAGACUAGUUGAGCUAGGCUCCCAAAUGUAAGUAGUGGCUAAGCAUUACUUUCUCAUAGUAUCUCAUUAAAAUAUAAAUGGGACUUCAUAGCAUUUGGGCUGUUUCUUAUGUUUUUUUUUUUUUAAAUGUUUUAUUUAUGAAAAUCUUCAAGAAUUGAACUAUCAUAGAAAAUGACAUUGUUUGAGAAAUUGCAUUGUUUAUAGUUAUACAAUGGAAAUAAUAAAAAGUUACACAAUUCAA